AAAUCAGCAGGUGCACAACGGCUCGAGAGCCCCAGAUGUGCGUUUAAUAAUUGUUUUGUGUGGCGUCCCGACUCAAACGGACACGGCGUCGCUGCUCAGAAACAGUGAGCAGCUUGAAACCACAAAAUCAUGUUUUUAUGCUGUUAUUGUUUCCCUAUAAAGAGCUUCACGGUGUGGAAACCAUCGGUCUUUAUGACACAGCUUAAAAACGCUGCUUCGCAUCUGGUAAACAGCUAUUAUCUCCACAAUACCAAAUGACGGGCCCAUCUGCAGCCAUUACCACGGCCUCCUAUAGAGUUUUUUUCACAACCUUGUUUAUCCUGCGGCUCACCGCUCUUUAGUCAUGAUCUAUAAUAGGCACAGAAAAAUACCUGCACGCUACAAACCUGACCAGAAAAGUUGUAUAAGAUGAAUGAAUCAGACGUUUACAAAUAAUUCACAAUUUUUUUGCUACCUUCAACAUUUUUUGGAUGGAGUUCCUGACUUUUAAGGAACAUCCUUUUACUCCGUUUGUCCACCUUUAAAAGAAAGUGACCUGGUUGGAUAAGAAGCUGGAGCUGCUACAUGAUCAUUAUGGUCUUUGUAGAGCAGCUAUGAGCCUAUUUGUUUUCCUGUGAAGGAAGCUGGUGUUUGUGUGAACAAGAUGGGACAUGUUAAAAUAAAAAUAAUUUUAACCCUCUGAAAAAGACUCAAUUUGAAGGAAAUUUUUCCCUUUCAGCCUCAGUGAGAGAUUACAGAUCAGUGACAAAGCGAUUUCCGAACGAGUUUUUUUUUUUUUUUUUUACACUUCGCUAGAAACAGUGACCACUUUGCAAAAUCUUCAUAGUGGUCAUGCAGGUUUUAGUGGAAGAAUGCAGACCAGCCUGGGGAAACCAGUGGUGUGUCUUGGGAUCAGAGACUGUACCAUUAUCAGGUGAAGCAUGUACCAAUCAUUUGAAAUCAUGGUGAUGAAGGACCUCCUGAGGGUGAAGAACUCCACUUUCACUGUGGGAUCACUGAGAGGAGGGUGAAAGUCCACCUGCUCAUUACUGCCUCAUCAUCUGUGUCUCACCUGUCUGCUCUCCACCCGUUUAUUGUUAAUCCCGCCGCAUGUCUCCGCCCUCAUGGUCAGGUCAGAUAUAUAUACCAGGGAUGCCACAGAGAUUUCACUUCUCCAAAGGGACACUUUACAGGUUCUGUCUCCCAGGCUGAGGAGGCCAAGGAGUGUUGCUUUUAUUGUUUGGGGUCGAACAGCAACAGUCAAUGUCUCCAUCGCUGGCCAGAUCUGCUCCCAGCGAGCUCAACCACUGGUGGACCCAGCUGAGGUUUCGCCUUCAAAACAAAAAAGGAUGGAACGAAAUGUUGGAUGAGACCUUUCUGCUCUACACAAAAAACACAAAUGACAUCCCUCUCUUCUAUGCGGCCAAAACUAACAGCGUCGGCUGCAUAAAGAAGCUCCUCAGCUGUGCGUCCACCAACAUCUUCGAGAGAGGAGCCCUCGGAGAAACGGCUCUUCACGUUGCCGUGAUAAAUGACAACCUGGAUGCUGCCGUGGCGCUGAUGGAUGGAGCCCCCGAACUCAUCAACGAACCCAUGACCUCCGAGCUCUUCCAAGGUGUCACUCCUCUCCACAUUGCCGUUGUGAAUAAGAAUAUCAAUCUGGUUCAGCACCUGAUCAGUCGCGGGGGGGAUGUGUGCACGCCUCGGGUCACCGGUUUGUACUUUAGGAAGAGGAUCGGAGGACUCCUCUACUACGGUGAGCAUGUUUUGUCUUUUGCUGCAUGCGUUGGAAAUGAGGACAUUAUUAGCAUGCUGAUCGACGCGGGAGCCAGCACCAGAGUCCAGGAUUCCAGAGGAAACACAGUGCUUCACGUUUUAGUUCUGCAGCCCAACAAGACCAUAGCGUGUCAGGCCAUGGACCUGGUCAUGGCACGGGAUGCAGAACUGGACCAGCCGGUGCCUCUCGACAUGGUGUGCAACUACAGAGGUCUCACUCCGUUUAAACUGGCUGCCAAAGAGGGAAACACCGUGGUGUUUCAACACCUGGUCAACAAAAGGCGUGUGAUCCAGUGGAGUCUGGGCCCUCUGAGCUCCCACCUGUACGACCUGACAGAGAUCGACUCCUGGGCUGACAACACGUCCGUGCUGGAGCUCAUUGUGGCCAGUCCACGGAGAGAGGCGAGAGGGGUCCUGGAAGUGACCCCGGUGAGGCAGCUGGUGAGCCUGAAGUGGAACCUUUAUGGAAAACAUUACUUCAGGUUGCUGCUGUUUCUUUACCUUCUGUACAUCGGGUGCUUCACACUCUGCUGCGUGUUUCGCCCCCUAAAGGACAUUCCAGAAAACUACACAAAGUCAGAUUCCGACUAUACCAUCAAAAUCCAAAAGACACUCAAAGAAAGUUAUGUGACUUACUCGGACAGCCUGCGCCUGGUGGGGGAGGUCAUCAGCAUCCUGGGAGCUUUUCUCAUCCUUUUUCUGGAAAUCCCCGACAUGAUAAGAGUUGGAGCAAAACGCUACUUUGGCCAGACAGCACUGGGGGGCCCCUUCCAUGUCAUCCUCAUCAGCUACGCCUCGCUGGUGGUGCUGCUGUGUGUGUUCAGGGCCUGCGAGGUGCAGGGCGAAGCCGAGGUGAUGGCGAUAUGCUUGGUUCUUGGCUGGUGCAACGUGAUGUUCUUCGCCCGCGGCUUUGAAAUGCUGGGUCCUUAUGUCAUCAUGAUACAGAAGAUUAUAUUUGGAGAUCUGACAAAGUUCAUGUGGUUGAGUCUCAUUGUGCUCAUUGGGUUUUCCACCUCUCUGUGGAUGGUGUACAUGACCCAGGACCCCAGCUCCCUCCCCAUGUACCGCUCCUUUCCCAUCACCCUCUUCUCCGAGUUUGAGCUCAGUUUGGGGCUGAUCGAUUUGCCCGUCGACCACACGCUGAAGACGCCCUCCAUCGUCCACGUGGUGCACGUCGCUUUCACUUUCGUGUGCUCCACCUUGCUGAUCAAUCUGCUGAUCGCUAUGAUCAGCGACACCAUCUGGAGGGUGGGCCAGGAGAGAGACGAGCUCUGGAGGACUCAGGUGGUGGCCACAACUCUGAUGCUGGAGAGGAGGCUCCCUCUGUGUUUGUGGCCUCGGCUUGGAGUGUGCGGGCUUAACUACGGCCUAAAGGAGCGCUGGUACCUCAGGUGAGACAACAAUGCAGCAGCAGGAGGAGAAAAAAACAAGUUCACGAUGAAGAAACAUUUAUUAGAACUGCGGGUAAACUGUAAUAAUGACACUACAGAUAUUU